AUGGCUAGGCAGUGGUCUUCAGAUGACUACGCUCGACUCAGAGACGUCAUAAACGACAGUCCUCUGCCAGAACUUGUCAGCGCCAUCUCAAACCACUCAAAUCGUCGCAUCCUCGCGCGAAGCUUGAACGCGGAGCUUCAGCGGAGGGAGAAACAUCUUCAGCUGAUCCGAGAGUACUGCAACCUCCUCAGCGCGCCUAUUCACACGUUGCCGCCCGAACUUCUAUCACACAUACUGUUCUUAAGCGCCGAUGGCGAAGGCCCCGACAGUCUGUACACCCUUGGAUGGACCCGGUAUCUUCUUGUGUGCCGUCGCUGGCGUGACGUAGCAUAUUCUACACCCGCGUUGUGGAGCUUCGUUUCUCUAGAGCCACCCGAACUGUUCACUUUUCCUCCGCCCACCAAACACAACGACUUAAUUCUCCGUCGGUUCUCCGCUCAGUGUCGGCGCAAUGGAUUCAAACCAACACACAUGCGAAUAUUCCUCUAUGCUCCACAAUACGACAAAGAGUUCUUUGGGAGCUAUCAACCUUUUCCUUGGGUUCCGUCGUCCUUGUCAUCUCUUCGAGCACAUGGGAGCACCAGUGGAUUGACGAGUAUCCUUGCAAGGAUGGAGACCCAUCACCACCCCCUCUUGUCCCAUCUUGAAGUCAGGUUGAUCGUUGCUGAGCGCCAGAAGCCGCGUCCGUUCAUUGCGGACAGCUUUUUCAGCAGGCAUACGACUCUUCGAGAACUAGUCGUUGUCGGAAUCAUCAUUAACUUCGGACUCUUGCACAACCUCCGGGUAUUGGAGGUCCUUCAUCCAUACAAUGAUGACUUGACCAUCGAAGUCGAUCAUAUCCUGGACGCCCUCUCGCGGUGCCCUACUCUUCGACUCGUGCAUCUGAAUCUACCACAUAACGCCACUGCGCUACACGGUCCCAGACGUCAAGGGGUGCAUAUGCCCAAUGUCGAGAGCAUACAAUUUGGAGGCUCUCGCGCUACAAUCACGCCCCUUUUGCUUUCUCUACACUUACCCGCGGGCUGCGGGAUCACCAUGACCUCCUGGGACGAGGCUCAGCCGCAGGACUUCGUGCCAUUGAUCUCGUAUCUGAAGGCCCAUUAUUGCCGUUCUUAUACCUCCAUAACCGACAUCAGGUUGGGCCAGACCGAUACAAGCCGACUAUUCGAAAUAAUCUGGUUCCCACCCGCUACAUGGAGCGACCCGUCUCGCUCAGAAGUGAGAAAGCAGUCGGAGACUACAUCAAUGAUCCGUCUGAGUAAUGUGGUGUCCCAACUUGGUGUAUGUGCCGAAUUCGCUGCCGUGGCGCUCUCCCAUCUCCCUGUCUCAGACACCAAGACGCUGGAUAUGGGAUUGACGACCAAUUGUCAUCCCGCAGUCUUACGGUCCAUCUUCGAGCACCUGCCUUCCUUGAGGGCUGUGGUCGUGAGCUGUGGCCAACAGCACUUGAGCCAGUUCUUGGAGCUGCUCAAAGCCCGUCUCGCAGUUCGCCUUCCGGCGCCUGUCCAACAAAUCACUAUCGACGCUGCAAACGCGAUUGAAGAGUCCGGGCCAAAGUCGCGCCCAAUCGCCGCCCGCGCGCAGUCUACCGCCUUUCGCAAGGCGAAGAAGGACUUUGAAGACAUACUCAGUUAUGCCUCAUCGGCAAAGGCGGCACACAUGCCACUCGACAUCAUAGACGUUAUCAACGACGGCGAUCUCACUAACGAUCCUGCCAUUGUCAAUAUGACCCCCGGCGCUUCCAAGAAGCGCCUAUGGCGCGCCCUGUCCACCGGAUUUAGGCACAAUGGUGUCAUGCGCAACAAGGCGGUGGUUGAAGCGGAGCUCGAGAGAGCUCAUCGUGGCAAUGAACGCGAGUCGCUUCUGGAAGAGCUGAACGCGUAG